AUGUGGAAACAUCAUUUAUUUGUAGUGCUUGCAAUUGCCUGGGCAACCCAAUCAAUGGCCGCCAAGAGAAAUUUCGAUUUUGUGUUGUACAAUAAUACCUGCACAAAAUAUGACGAUGUGUUUAAGCGGUUUGAUUGCGCUCACAAAAUGGUCUCCAAAGGUCGUUACCUAUUCGAUUGCUUCUUUAUGUUUGCACGGCCUUUGCACAAAGAAGCCAUAUUGCAAAUGAUAUUACAUUACACCCCACUGAAAGGAAUUAAACCGGUAAAGUUUUUGGAUGUCAAAAUUAAUGUAUGCGAUAUACUAGGCCAAUCUGGCAGCAAUGUACCUUUAAUGAAAGCCCUGUUCAAGGAGUUUAGAAAGAAUAGCGAUCUACCCUAUGGAUGUCCUGUAAGAGGUGAUAACUUAUAUUCGAUGGUUAAUUACAGUCUAGACGCUUCCACUUUGCCCCCCUAUACACCAAUAAUGGUAUUUAAUUAUACCUUGUUAUUGUUUGAACAUAAUAAAAAGAUUGGCAGUGUACAUACCUCUGGCGCAACUGUACCCAGAAUCUGA